GUGUGUUUCAUUUUCAUUGGGGAUUUUCCCUUUUCUCAUUUUUCCCCCAAAUUUUCCAACCCUAACAUUUUCCCGGAAACCGCCUUUGUUUGUUUCCCGAGAAAAUUUCUCCUCGCCUCCGUACUUCUUAUAUAAAUCACCGCCUCACACUUCCAUCCUUCCACUCUAAAAUCGUUCACAGAACUCGGAAUCUGAUGGAUCUUACCGCCAAGAAGCAGUCGAAGCGCCGAUCUAGGAAAUCGGCCGCCGCCGAUUUCAAAGUCGUGUACAUUUCGAAUCCGAUGAAGGUGAAAACCAGCGCCUCCAGGUUCCGAUCUCUCGUCCAGAAACUCACUGGCUUGGAUUCCGACGCCGAGAGGUUCAUGGAAUUGAUUGCCGCCGCUGCCUCCAGUGAUCGGAAUAAUCUCCAAUCGUCGACAUCGGCGUCGGCGUUCCUUGAUUAUCAACUCCUCGGCGAUGACGAUUUAACUGAUUGUGAUCAUCGGCUUGUGGCGGGAAAGAUUGAAACGGCGGCGUAUCAGUCGUCGGUGGCUCCGCCGGAGGAUUUGGUUAUGCAGAACUUUGAUGCGAGUUUUGCGGAAAUGUUCCAAAGCUUUUUGCAUGAAUCUUCUUCAACGCAAACUGAGAUGCCAGGUUUCAGUGCUCUACUGUAAAUUCGAUAUUACGUUUUAAUUUCUCCAUUUUUUUUUAAAAUAAUGUGACGUGGAUUUUUCUUGUCACAUUUCUUUUGUGAUCAUAAUAUUAUUUUUAAUAUAAUAUAGUGAAUUUUGAGUAA